AUGGAACACCUUUGGGAUGUGGUACAACGGGAGAUUGGCCACCUGCCCCUCAGGCUGCAGGGGGAUAGCAGCACGUGCUCAGGGAGAGUGGAGCUAUGGUAUGAGGGCUCCUGGGGGACCAUCUGUGAUGAUUUAUGGGACAUAAAUGAUGCCCAGGUGAUCUGCAGACAGCUGGGCUGUGGGGCAGCACUGAAGGCUCAUGGGAACGCUGUCUUUGGGAGAGGAAACGGCUCCAUUUGGCUGAAUGAGGUGAAGUGCAGGGGUGAUGAGCUCCACCUGUGGGACUGUCCUCACUCUCUUCAGGACCACACGACCUCCUGCUCUCACAAAGAGGAUGCUGGUGUCACCUGUGAAGGGAUGUCUUUUGAACAUGUGACUGCCAAGGUUGAACCCAGAUCACUGCCCCCACAAGGCCCGUCCAUCCCUCUUGUGGUCUUCCUGGUAUUGGGGGCUUUUCUCUUCCUGCUGCUGGUGCUGCUGGCUGGACAGUUGUACCAGAACAGGGUUCUCAAGAGAGGUACAGAAGGACACUGCGGAUCAGAGAGUCCAGAUUCACUGCUGAUCACACCGUCCUUUCAUACACAUAAAACAUGA